AUGGAAUCUGAACAGCUACUGCAUCACUAUGUUUCGGACUUGCUACUAACCACUCUGGUAACAUUUCACGAGUUCAAGGAGCUGCUGAGGUCUCACACGGUCGACGAGCAGCUUCUGCAGCAUUGGUACCACUUGCUUCAAGUUAGGGAUGCGCAAGUAACCGCUGACUUGCAAGACCGAAUCAAGCAGUUUUUCAUAAGGCUGCGUUCUGAACUGCUACGGUACUUGGAGAGCGACCAGCUGUCCCACUCCCUCAGCCUCGAGACACUGAUCGACGCGCUGUAUAAGAUCAAUGACUUGUUGCUACAGCAUUUGCAGCUUCUGGACCAUACCAUCCACGAUAAAACCCUAGAGCUGGUACGGUUUGAAAAUAUGGUCCGCUCGUCGACCGGUAGAGACAAUGCCAUUCCUGACUUAUUACAAAUUAUACAAUCUUAUAUCAAUCUAUUAGAGGAAAAUUAG